UUCCUGUUGAAAGUAGACACCAAGACCUGAACAUGACGAACCGAGCCAGUGAACUGGAUUAAAAUGGAGUUCGCCUCUAUUUUCCCUACCAAUUUGGCGAUAGAGUUGAAUGAGACGACGGUGGAAUACGGCGAUGGUGAGGAACCGGAUGCGGUGACGUUACUUUCCAUACUACUUGUUGGUAUAUUCCUGUCGUUGCUAAUAUUCCUGAGCGUUGCCGGCAACAUUCUGGUCUGCAUCGCCAUCUACACUGACCGUGGGCUGCGACGUAUUGGCAACUUGUUCCUGGCAUCGCUGGCCAUCGCUGACAUGCUUGUUGCCGCUGCAGUUAUGACAUUUGCAGGGGUCAACGACUUACUCGGAUACUGGGUGUUUGGAGAGCAGUUCUGCGACACGUGGGUGGCUUGCGACGUCAUGUGUUCCACCGCCUCGAUACUCAACCUUUGCGCCAUAUCUCUUGACAGAUAUAUACAUAUCAAAGACCCUUUGAGAUAUGGUCGAUGGGUAACUCGUCGGGUAGCUAUAGUCACAAUUGCGACGAUUUGGCUCCUGGCUGCGUUAGUCAGCUUCCUCCCAAUCUCUCUCGGUCUCCACCGGCCUGAUGAAGAAGCGUUAGCCACACAAAGACCACCGAGAUAUCCGACCUGCGCGCUGGUGCUGACUCCAACUUAUGCUGUCGUCUCCAGCUGCAUAUCAUUUAUACUACCGUGUAUUGUAAUGAUAAGUAUAUACUGCAGGCUCUAUUGCUACGCUCAGAAACAUGUGAAGUCUAUCCGUGCUGUCACCCGGACGGUGCAAAUGCCGGACAACCGGACGAAAUCUGUCCGGACUAGAGUGCAUACGCACGUCCACUCAUCGCCAUAUCACGUCUCUGACCACAAAGCCGCAAUCACAGUUGGAAUUAUAAUGGGUGUAUUUCUGCUAUGUUGGGUGCCAUUUUUCUGUGUGAACAUUGUAGCUGCAUUUUGCAAGACUUGUAUACCAGAUCUUGCGUUUAAAAUUCUCACUUGGCUCGGCUACUCAAAUUCAGCAUUCAACCCAAUUAUAUACUCAAUAUUCAACACUGAAUUUCGGGAAGCUUUCAAGAAGAUAUUAACCUCUAGGUACCCUCCUUGUUGUGGCUACCAAACUGUAAGGGCCAAUACUCCAACGAGAAAUGAUAAUUUCGUCACAGAUUAUGGUACGAAGACUUUAGUUGUUCGACGAAGCGGUUCUUUAGGGUUAUCUGGAAUCGAUCCCACACCACGAUCUUCCGCAGAAUCUGUGCGUCCACUGAGAGAGUAUCAUAUCUGACAAGAAGAUGGGAGUAGCAAUAAUGGGCUACUCGAUAAAAGCGAUGUUGUUUGAAAUAGGUUUUAAAAUGGCUGACAGCAAUAUUAGUAUU